AUGAAAGCAUCAUUCUUCUUUUGUAUCAUUCUGGUGGCUUUAUCUUUUCUGAUUGCUUCCGGCAACAACACCAAUAAAGGAUCCCAAGCUUGUCGUCAAAAUGUCCUGAAGACCUGCACUUCCUCCACAAGAAGUUGCUCUCGUUUGGGAAAAGCCAACAUCUGUCAGGCUUUCAAGAACGACUGCAAACGACAACUAAGCAACUGUGACAACGUGAUGAUCUAUCGAAAGGUGGAUGCGGCUCACUGCCGAGGUUUUCUCAUCGAAGUGCCCCGACCUUGUAGAAGUGGAAAAUCCAGCAAGAUUGCUUAA